AGCGAAGUGUUGUCGCACGACUCUGAAAGAGUCAGUUGGCUGUGUUUUUGGAUAAGGAGUCCUACAAUCAGGGGCGGCGUGAAGGAAGGUCAAGGGCUUCAAGGACCUCGUUGAUUAACGCCGACAAGCCAACGAGCGAUGAGUCUAUGUGGAGUUGUGCUGCUGUGUAUUGUGUGUAUCCUUCAAGUGUGCAGCAGUGAGGAACAUAUUAUUGGUUACAGUGGCCAAUCAGUCAUCCUGAAAUCUGGAGCGGACAGAUCAUGGAAUCUCACCAGAGUUCAGUGGUCCAUUUAUAAGAACACCACAUACAUUGCGAGUCUAAAGGAUGGAGAAGUGUUUAUAUACAAGUUCUGGCGACAUCAGGGUCGACUUGACAUCAACAAUGAAACGGGAGAUUUAACAAUCCGUAAUGUGACAGUGGACGACAGCAUGACAUACAACGUGGCUUUGGUCACCUCAGAUGGCACGCGGAAGCAAGAUAAAGUUCAUCUCACAGUUCAAGAAAGUCUCAAGACUCCAGACAUCCAGAAGACGCUUCAUUCCCGCAAUGACAGCCGGUGCAACGUUGCCCUCGAGUGUGUCGCAUCUGGCCAAAAUGUGAAUUUGUCCUGGACGCCUGAUGGCGAGUUCAACGGAUCGUAUAUUUCAGGAAUCCCAAAUUCUGUUGACGCUUCGCUAGUCCUUUUCGCAUCAUUUAGUGGCAACAGACACGUGACGUUUACCUGCACUGCCUCCAGUGGUCAACAGACUGUGACCAGGCAAAUGACAGUGGGGUGUUCAGAGGAGAAGCAGAAGUGUGAAGCCUGCACUGUUUGCAGUUCGUGCACUGCCUCUGUGAUAUGGAGUAUUCUGUUUACAGCUGCCGUUUUGGGCUUAGCAUAUGCAUUUACAAGAAAUAAAGAGAAAAUUAUAGCUGCUUGCCCUGAAGGUCCCCUACAAUUCAUCCAGAAUAUAAACAGUCCUGGCUCCUGUGGUUUUCAAGGGAAACAAGACGCGGCGUAAGAAGAAGAAAACUUAUCUUGCAUAAGGUUCAACUGAGCAAUGAUCAGCAUGCGUGUUACUUUAUGGAAGGGAACAUCUGGCAUUAUGUUUGACAGUUUUUUAAAGAAGUUUCAUUUGAAAGAAAACAAUGUGCGGAGGUUGUGACUGUUGGUUUGACCUCAUUGGAUCCGGUCUGUGAAACGUGUCAUCUGUCACCUGUGUCAAUGAUGAUUUCAGGUACUUUAUGUUGUUUGAUAUUGAUGUUGUUUUAAAAAUCCAUUCGACCGAAAGAUCUGAAAGUUUGUGCUCCUUCAGUUUGAGCAGACAUGAUACUUCUGGUACUGAUGGCCUUUAAAUCUUGACUCAGCAUGGCAGCUUUUUUAUUUAAUAAAUUGUCUAGCUUCUUUGUUCAAAAAUGCAUGUGAAUUAAAAUGGUCUAUGUCAUUUCUGGUUGUUAUGAUGAAUUGUAGCAGUAUGUGCUCAGUGUCACAGUAUUCUAAUGACACAUUGUCAUCGUGAGUGCUGUUUUUGUCUUGUCAAUGGGAAGUGGUCAACGUUACCUAGAAAUGGACACAUGAGCUCAGUUUCUGCAUAUCUGGAUAUGAGUAAAUACUUAAGAAACAGAUUCCAUUAAAAGGAUAUUCCACUGAAUUUUAACACUU